CAAACCUAUGCACCAACAUACUACAACAUGCAAUUUAAGCAUGAAUUUAUGGUCGCAUAACCUUUCAUAACAAUUAUACAUACGUACCAUGGCGCCCCGACUCUCCAUCCCGACCCAUGGGGGCCUCAAAAACACCCAUCGCAUCCCCUCCUCGAGUCCCCUCAUCCACCGUACCCUCUCUCGAUUAUCCCGCGCCUCCCUCAUAUCGCUCGCAUUAUCAUGGCUGUCAGAUCCGCACAUCCAAUACUGCGUCCCAUAUACCCUCGCUACCCUCCCCGACCCAUCCACGGCCGACGACGAUCCUGACGCGCCGUUCGACACGGCCGAGAGCAUCGAAGAGGCGGUAGAGAUAUAUGAGGAAUUUCAGGAGAAGAGGAGCGGGACCAAGCGAGACGUGUUGGAGCGGAUACUCGAGGGCGAUUGGCGACAUGGGAUCACGCUGUAUCAGCUAGGAAUGGCCGAGACAAGGUGGAUUCUGGAUCAGAAUGGUGCGGUGCGGUGGACAGCGUUGCGGCUGUCACGGCAUGAGAACAGUAAAAGCGAAUCUGCUGCGAUAAAUAAGAGUGGGAAGACAGGCAUGGAUAAGCGGAAAACAUGUUUCGAUGCGCGAGAGGAGCGAAAGAACUUGGAAACCUUGUCUCGCCUCCCGCGCUUCCACGCUCCCACCUUUCUCCUCAACCUGCAACGCGAAAUCGGGUCAUUGAUGCGCACCCACUACUACCUCGCGCGACACCCCGAGCAAGAACUGACGAUCCUCCGGGUCUACAUCCACGACAGCCCGUACAACACCCAACGCUCCCUCCACGAUCCCCGCACCUCCAACGUCACCACCACCAGCACCACCCUCGACGCCUCCAAAUCCGUCUUCUUCAUCUUCCCCGACAACACCCCCUACCUCUAUGCCAGCCUCGGCGCCACCUCCAAACCCUCGCCCUCUUCCGACCCCCCUUCACGAACCCGCCAACCCGCCGACGACGCCGACGCCAAAAGUCUCAAAAAGGUCCUCUUGGCCGCCAUCCCCAAGGCGCUCUCUCGCCCACACUUCCGCCUCACCCUCAAAUCCACCUCACUCUCGGCCCGCUCGCUGAAUACGUUGCUCGCGAUGCGCGGCGCCGGGCGGACGAACCAUGCGCAGGGCGCAUGGAGCAUCUUCGCGCACGGGAGCGUCGGGCACGGAGCGUUGGCGUUCGAGACUAGCUCAAAUAAACGGAAGGCGGAGGAGGUGGGAGGUCUGGUGCGGGGCGAUGAGGAUAAGGAGAACAUCGCGCCGGAGCAGGGGAAGAAGCGGUUGCGCAGUAUGCAGAUGCUCCGGGGAAGCGAGAAUGACCCGAAGCGGCUGAAGCGGUUGGAGGGAGUGUCGGAGGGGCGGUUUGGGGAGUCGGGGAAGGAAAGGGAUGGGGUGGCAUUGGAGAGGGUGGAGGUCCGGAUGGACGAGGUAUUUUCUAGACGCGGGACGGCGGAAGUGGGACUGGGCGAGGAUGCGGAUCUGUCGGCGGAGAAAGAUGGGGAGGAGGGGGAGACAUGGCGUCCACAGGUCCGGAUCUCGUUUAAUGGAUCGCAUGUGUUUGCGGGGAUACGCAAGCUGGUGGAGAUGGGGGUGGUGAAUGGGGAGAGGAUGCCGGGCUGGAUGACGGGAGAGGCGGGGGUGAGUGUGGGUUGUGUGCGGGACGGGAGGAUAGUGAGGAGAGAGGUUUUGGGGAAGUCUUUGAAAGGGUAG